GUUUCCCGGAAGGAUAGCGAUUACCGGAGCGCUCUGUGAGCCUGCUGGCCCGGGGAACCCGAGGGCACACUACCCGGCACUUCUCGAAAGAGAUUUCCUCCCACGCGACCUUCCAGUUUGGGGGGCCCAGUUAAAGGGUGAGGGAAGGAGGGCCAGUGGAGCGCUCACGACUGACGGCCGGUGGCUCUCUCACCACCUGUAAUGCAGGAGGGAGCAUUGGCCAGCUCUUCUGUGAGGCCUGAGGCAGCCACACCACCCCCAGGCACCCAGGCUAGAUGUGAAGCUAGAAUGAACUUCCUGGGUGAAGGGGGAAUCUGCAAGCUGCCAGGAAGACUCCGCAUCCAGCCGGCACUCUGGAGCAGGGAGGACGUGUUGCACUGGCUGCACUGGGCUGAGCAGGAGUACUCUCUGCAGCGCACUGGGGAGCAUGGGUUUGAGAUGAACGGCCGAGCCCUCUGCAUUCUCACCAAGGAUGACUUCCGGCUUCGUGCACCUGGUUCAGGUGACGUCCUGUAUGAGCUGCUUCAGUACAUCAAGACCCAGAGGCAAGCCCUAGUGUGUGGACCCUUUUCUGGAGGGGCCUUCAGGCAGAAGAUGCCCACUCAGCACUGCCUCUGCCUCCUGGAAGAGGGGACUGGGCCCCCUCAGUUGGCCCCCCGAAGGGAUCUCCUGCAGCAACCAUCACACCUGGGGCUUGCCAGCUCCUUGAGUCCCUUGGCCAAGGGGCCCCUUGGCAGGGAGGUGUCCCUCAACGUUUCUCACUGUGCGGAGCUGGGCUGCAGGGCUGAGGGAUCCUGCUCCUUCCCCACCAUACCGCAGGCCCCCAUUGAUGGCAGGAUCGCUGACUGCCGGCUACUGUGGGAUUACGUGUAUCAGCUGCUCUCGGACGCCAGGUACGAGCCCUACAUCAGGUGGGAAGACAAGAAUGCCAAGAUCUUCAGAGUUGUGGAUCCAAACGGGCUUGCCAGACUCUGGGGAAACCAUAAGAACCGGGUGAACAUGACCUAUGAGAAGAUGUCUCGUGCCUUGCGUCACUACUAUAAGCUGAACAUCAUUAAGAAGGAACCCGGGCAGAAACUCCUGUUCAGAUUUCUGAAGACACCUGGGAAGGUGAGCCAGGACGAGGACAGCCGCCUGGAGCAGCCAGAGAGCCAGGAGCAGGACAGGAUGGAUUUCAAGGAGGAGAUGCUGGAAGUCUCUCCAUGAGGGGCAGGAGGAUUCGGGGCACCAAGCACUGAUGGGACAGAAACUGUCUCCCUUGAAGGCAGCUAGCUGCCUGGUGGUCUCCACCUUCCUCACGGAGCAGUAGGGAUCCCCAGCGGGUUUUGCACUCAUGGGAUCAUAACCAUUGUCUCAGACCUCAAAGCUGCCUGGGCACCUGGGAGGCUGAGAACGGGGAAGCCUCACAUUCUGGACACUGUGGGGGGCAUCGUUCUUGGGUAGGGUAGCACUGGGGCUCAGUGGGGCACGGGGAGUGAACCCUCUCUCUGCCCUACCCCUUGCUACCUGCGCAGCUUGGGAGCGGUAGCGGGGGGCUGAGAGAGCAACCAGCCCAGCUCCUUCAACUUACAGAAGAAGGUAGCCGAGGCCCCUCACUGAGCCUUAGCUCUUUCCUAAAAGGGACAUCCUCCUGAAAACCCCCGCUCUGGGGGCUGAUGCUGGCAUAUGGGAGAAAGGUCGGUCUUAGUAAUAAUAUCACAAUGUUAACUGACAUUUAAGUGCUCACUGUGUAGGACCCUUAGCUCACUUGUGCUAAGGGUCCUACACAUAUUUUAUCUCAUUCCAUUCACACGCCAAACCCCCGAGGUUUAAAGAUGGGGAAACAGAGGCAAGGCUUGCAGAGCUGGGAUGUCUCUCCAGAACGCAGUGCUGUUCCUUGGCUGGUUGGUUGGUUUUAGUGACUCUGCAUGGAUGGGACACUUCUCAAGCCAAGGCCAUGGCCCUGCCUCUCUGCCCUCGGCAUCUCUGCUGAAUGGUUCACCUCACUUGGCCCAAGCUUCUUUCCUGUUUUCAGUCCUUUGUUGAUGUUGUGACUAUGACCCAGUGGGGAUCGCCACUGCCCCCUGCACGUGGCCUCCUGUACUCCAGGACCUGCACCUGCUACGUGACCUUGGGCGGGUUGUUGUCCCUUCUCAGGAGCCUCAGGCUUCUCGCCCGUAAAAUGCAGAUGCUAUUCCUGACCUGACCUCACAGGAUUGCCAGAAAUCUCCGUAAGACAACAUUGGUGACAUGCUUAGCGUGUGCCUGCUCUGUAGGAAGCACUUAGUCCGUGUUCAGAAGAACACUCUGCAAACCCAACUGCCCAAAAGCGUGAAAGUGCCCCUGGGCUAUUGGUUCAGUUUCUCUUCUCCCUGAUGCCCCAGGAGUGGCUGGGGCCUCGCGAAGGGGUCAGAACCUCUGCCCUGUGACCCUUCCAGUAAGGUUUGGGGGAGAAAGGGAAGGGGGUGUUUUCACUUCAUUGAAAACAGAACUUCUUGGAUUCACAUCUUCUUUCUGGGCAGGAAGAAACCUCUGCCGCUCGCCCCCGGGAAGAUCAGGAAAUUCCCCCGUCUGGCGGAGCCUGAGCUGGCUCUGAGUCACUGUGCAGAAGCUGAUAAGGAUUCCUGGACUUGGGCACUCAGAGCUGUGACCACUCCUAAGCAG